AUGAUGCGCGGGAGUGACAGUGAGGAGAGGGCGCCUGGCGCCGUGCACCCGCUGACUUCCCCACACCACAAUGACGUCAGAGCCCCCGAUGCCACCGCACACCCCGAUGACGACGGCACCUCCCCGCUGCAGGACGCCAGCCCCUACGAGAAUGGCAGCGUGAAGAAGGACGACGGGAAUGCGCUGCCGGAGGGCGAGGCACCGGCUCCCACAGGCUUCCUUGCGAAGGUGAACGCGUGUGUGAACGUCGUCCUUCCGCCCGGCGGAGUCCUCGCGAGCGCCUUCAACCUCGCGUCGUCGUCGAUCGGGGCCGGCAUCCUCGGCCUGCCCCUGGCCGCGAACAGCAGUGGGCUUGUGAUGGCCGUCUUGUACCUCGCCGUCAUCACGUUCCUGACCAUCUACUCGAUGUAUGCCCUCGGCGUGGCGGCGCAGCGAACGCAGAUCAGCAACUUCGAGGGCAUCGCGGUGGCGCUGAUGGGCCGCUGGUUCGCCUUGUUUGUCGCGUGUGUGCGCGUCUUCCACGGGCUCAGCGGCUGCGUCGCGUACGUGAUCAGCGUCGGAGACAUCUUUAAGAACAUCUUGAAGAACAGCAACAGCGCGCCGCAGUUCCUGAAGGAAACGAACGGAAACCGCCUGCUUGACGAUUGUGGUGUGGCUCUGCGCGAUGAUGCCGCUGGUGAUCCCGAAGCACAUUGA